GGAAAAUCCCCCUACAUGUUUCAUCUCUGCAACCUUUGCUGCCAGCCUUUUGCCAUCACCUACUCCCAACCUAUCACCAUCUACUACAUAUGCCAAUUCCAGCCUCCUGCACCAACAACUAGAACACAAGGAGCUACUGCAGCUCUGGGAAUGCUGAUCCAUACUCCAGCUGUCCCAAGGUUCCCUUGCAGGAUGGCACCUAUCUGGCUUAUCGGCUUCCUAGUCCUGGCAUUGUCCUCUAUAUACUGCACUGUUCUUCAUCCAAAACAGGAAAUGUGGUUUCAGGGUCUCUUUCCAUCUAACAUGUGCCCUGCCAAUGCCAGUGCCUACACCUUUUAUGGCAUCAUGUUUGAUGCAGGUAGCACCGGAACUCGAAUUCACAUUUAUACCUUUGUACAGAAGAACCCAGAACAGCUUCCUGAGCUGGAAGGGGAGAUCUUUGAAUCUGUGAAGCCAGGUCUUUCUGCUUAUGCCAGCGAGCCAAAAAAGGGUGCAGAAACUGUCAGAAUACUGUUGGAAAUGGCCAAAGAAGCUGUGCCACCAAGUCAUUGGAAGAAGACCCCAGUGGUGUUGAAAGCUACUGCUGGACUGCGGCUGCUAUCGGAGCAGAAAGCCCAGGCUCUGCUUUUGGAGGUGAGAGAAGUCUUUGAGGAGUCACCAUUUCUGGUUCCAGACAACAGUGUUAGCAUCAUGGAUGGAUCUUAUGAAGGAAUUUUAGCCUGGAUCACUGUGAAUUUUCUGACAGGGCAGCUAUAUGGCCAGAACCAGCAGACAGUUGGGACUCUGGACCUGGGAGGAGCCUCAACUCAAAUCACAUUCCUGCCACGCUUUGAGGAAACCUUGGAGCAAACCCCUGUGGAUUUUCUUUCCUCGUUUGAAAUGUUCAAUAGCACAUACAAGCUCUACACCCAUAGUUAUUUGGGUUUUGGACUGAAGGCUGCCAGACUAGCAACGCUUGGAGCCUUGGAAAUAAAAGCAGUGGAUGGGCAGAUGUUGCGAAGCUCCUGUUUGCCAAAGCAGCUAGAAGCAGAAUGGCAUUUUGGGGGAGUGAAAUAUCAGUAUGGUGGCAACAGAGAAGGGGAAACUGGAUUUGAGCCUUGCUAUGCAGAAGUGGUGAAGGUCGUACAAGGAAAACUACACCAGCCAGAUGAGAUUCGCAGGAGUUCCUUCUAUGCCUUCUCAUAUUACUAUGAUCGAGCUGCUGACACCAACAUGAUAGAUUAUGAAAAAGGAGGAGUUCUAGAAGUAAGGGAUUUUGAAAGAAAAGCUAAAGAAGUGUGUGAUAACAUGGAUAUGUACACAUCAGCCAGCCCUUUCCUAUGUAUGGAUCUCACUUACAUCACUGCUUUACUCAAAGAAGGCUUUGGAUUUGGGGAUAACACACUCCUACAGAGCCAUACAGAGGAGGUUCCAUAAGAAGACAAUGGAACAGAGGCUUGUACGUCUGAUUGUUUCCUUACUCCAAAGGAGAAAGGAGGUCUUAUCCAGUCCUAGGCUUGAGGCUGAACAUUUGUUGAACAUGCAACAAUGUAAUGAAAAUGCUUGCCUGCUCCUUUCCAGGUCUCCAGCCUAGGAUUGCUUUUUGGCUUUUGAUUUACUGGAUAUAUACUACUUCCCAGCCCACAGAAAGUAUUAGAGCUUCAUUGUAAGGCCAAAUCAGUACCAGUAUCGCAGAUCAGGCCAUGUUCAUCCACAGCAGUUAUGGCUGCAAACCUGUUACAGAUAGCUGUGCAUCCAUUGAUCUGGCUUCUGGACCAACCAGACCUCUUGCUGAAAGAUCAGGAUCAAGUAUUCCACUCAGCUCUGAGGCUGCUGCAUUUGAUGCCUUCCGUGCUUGAAAGGGAAUGGACAUAGACUUGCUUGGGAUGGUUUAAACAGAGACAAUCCUGCCUUGAGCAGGGAGGUGCACUAUAUGACUUUGUGAGGUCCCCUUCAGCCCUACUUCCCCAUGAUCUGUAGAAAGUUCUGGACAUCCUAGCACAGAGCAGAAUUCCAUCUAAAUGAAAUGAGGGUGGCUCAAUAUGGCUUAGACCUGGCAGAGAUACCAAAGACUCUAGGGCUUUUGCUGCAAUUGAGAUACUUUAGAUUUUCCUUUAACUCAUCUCGGGUCCACCUGGCAGCAAUACUAUCCACAAAAAAGUGGUUCCUACCAAAACAUUUGUUCUCAGUCCUCUCUUCCAUAAUACUAUUUAAGAUUCUUUGGGGUGUAGGGUUUUUGAACCCGAAAGCUUGCUUAAUAACUAUUCUCCAACCAUUUGAGUUGGUCUAAUGAAAGAUAUCAAAUUCACCCAAGGAACCUUGUCUACUUGAAUCCCUAGUACUCAGCCCUGGCAUCUCAGUGUUGUCCUUUGAAACUUACGGAGCUCUCAGUGUUUCGUCCAACAUCUCACCUUCCAAAUAAAAUAGUCUUUCUGGUGGCCAUCCUGCCCAGCAGAAGAAUGAAUGAGCUUCCAGCAUUCAUGGCAGAGCCCGUUAUACCUCAUUUCACAGGGACAGGGUAACAUUGAGACCUAAUGCAGAAUUCAUUCCCAUGGUGGCUUCUGAGUUCUACCUAAAACAUUCAAUGAAUGUACCUCGCUGUUGUUUCCAAAACUGCAUACCACAAAUGGGGAGAAAAUAUAUCCAAAUGCUUUGAUUUUG